GUGAACAAUCAGCAGAUUGAAGAGACUGUAGCUCUGGUGCGUGGCAAGUUGUCCAAGCAGAACCGCACCACUUUACAAGCGCUGAUUGUGCUGGACGUGCAUGCUCGAGAUGUGUUGGCUGAGUUGAUCACGGAAAAGGUGAACAGCGAGACGGACUUCUCGUGGCUCAGUCAGAUGCGCUACUACUGGGAAGAGGGUCAAAUGGUGACUCGAAUGAUAAACUCUCAACUAAAGUAG